AAAUAUCCAACAUAAACCCUUAAAUCGAUUGAUCGAGGACGAGGACCGUUCCUCCAUCACGAAGAAAUUCCAAUGAGCUCCAAGCGGACGUUCGAAGACUUGAGUGAGGAGAGCAGCGGUGAGCGCGUCGAUGAUGAGUCUGCCAAUGGCCCGGUUGCCAAGCGUUUGAGGAGCCGUAAUAGACCCGUGGAGACUCACAAGCCCAAGUCGACUGCUCGCAUCAAGCCGAAAAAGCCGAAAAAGCCUCCUCUCAAUUCCGAAUCGCAGGCCAAACAAGACGCGUUUCAAUCGCUAUACCAAACCUCUAUCGAUUCUUUUCGAGCGCGUCAACGACGUUAUCUCAUUACCCAUCGCGACCUGUUCAUAUCACUCUUACCGCCAGACAGGCACAGACACUUCGAAAAGCACAUCCAAGACCGAGCUCCUUACGAUGAUAUCCCAACCGAUCCAAAGUCUACUCCUAAUCAGGUCUCACCCUGGAAGCGCGUACCUCAGCCCAAGUCGAUCAAGGGCGAGUUGAAAUCCUAUCAAAUCACCGGCCUCAGCUUCUUGGUCUAUCUCCACUCAAACGGAAUGAACGGCAUCUUGGGAGAUGAGAUGGGACUUGGGAAGACUCUACAGACACUCGCCUUGUUGGUUCAUCUGAAGGAAGGAACUACUCUCGGGGGCUCUCAACUUCCACACCUAAUUAUCUGUCCCUUGUCGGUCCUCUCAUCUUGGGGCAAUGAAAUCAAGAGGUGGACCAAUCUAUCGUUUAUCAACUUCCACGGUACUCAUGCUCGCAGGAAGAGUAUCAUGACCAGUCUCAUCGGACUUGGGGUCAAAGCCCCUGGCAAAGGCUCGCCAGAUUUGGUAGUUGCUUCCUAUGAAUCUUAUCAAGCCGAGGAAUCCUGGUUCAAACAUCGCGCAUGGGGUUACGUGAUUUUGGACGAAGGACAUCGGAUCAAAAAUCAUGAAACUUUAAUGUCCCAAUCCUUACAGACUAUCAGAUCGACCCACCGCUUGAUCUUGACUGGAACCCCGGUACAGAACAACUUGAUCGAAUUAUGGUGCUUGUUCCAUUGGCUCUUACCCGAAGUCUUCCCGGAACACACCCGUGAACGGUUCAAGAGGGCUUUCGACUUAACCGCGGGAACUUACGACUCUGAAAUGUUAAAAUCAAGUCACCAGCUGUUGAAACUACUUAUGCUCAGGCGUACCAAAGAUAGCGUCCAAGGCGAAUUAUCCGUUCCGCCCCGAGAAGAGAUUGAUUUAUUCAUUCCUAUGUCCAGUUGUCAGCGAUUCUGGACCAAACGAUUAAUAAUGCGCUGUGAUAAUAGCGCGUUACGUGAUAUUUUUAACGGUCCCUCGAUUAAAACCGAAAAUACAGAAAUUCUCACUGAGACGGCCGACCCGCCUUUGAAAGCAGAAGAAAGUCUCGCCCCAGCGCCCAACCUCUCACCUGCUCAACCGGUCACUAAGCUCUCUCAACAAAUCCGGUAUGCCCUGGAAGCCGAGGAAGGAAGUACGAACUCUCAAUCUUAUAAGAAACUGUUGAAUCUCCUGAUGCAACUGAGGAAAGUCUGUAAUCAUCCAUAUCUGAUGCCCAAUUCUGAACCUGAACCCUUCCUCAUUGCUGAGCACAUCGUCAAUGUGUCUUCGAAGUUGGUCAUGCUGGACAAGAUCCUGAAAUCUGAAUUACCCAAGGGGAAACGGUUAUUGAUAUUCUCAUCUUUCACAUCCAUGCUUGAUAUUCUUGAAGACUUUCUAAACUUGAGGCAGAUUGAUUACCUCAGAUUGGAUGGAUCAACUCCUGUAGCCAGGCGUAACUUGGCAAUUCGAAUCUUCCAACAAACCAAAACAAUGGAUACGCUCAAAUCGCAUGGCUCUUCAUCCCAACGAAUCGUUCCCAUCUUCUUAAUAUCUACCAAAGCAGGUGGCUUGGGCAUUAAUCUCACUGCAGCCGACACAGUUGUUCUCUACGACUCUUCUUGGAAUCCUCAGGUAGAUAUUCAAGCAAUAGCUCGAGCUCAUCGAAUCGGUCAGACCCAGAAUGUGACCGUUUACCGUUUGAUCUGUGCGGAAUCAGUCGAGCAUCAAAUGAUCGGCCGUUUACGUAAAAAACUCUAUCUUUCGUUGAAGAUCUUGGACUCUCACCCUACAACCAAGGGGACCGGCCCGGGUGACUUGUUGGGAAAUACUGAUGAAUCAGUUGAUGAGGAAACCACCAUGAAGACUUCCAUGUCAGCUGCUGAUCUCUGUGCAAUCCUUCGCGGCGGUGCCAGCUCCCUACACAAGCACUGGGGACAGGCCAAUGAUUCAAACACGCUAGCUGAUGAUGACGAGCGCUCUGGAUACAACGAAUUCUUGAAUGCCUCCUUCGACGAAAUCUUGAACCGAGCCAAGGAAUUUGCAAAGAAGGAGCAAACGAAGCUUAAAAUCGAAGUAGGCCAUCAAGACCGAUCGAAUUCGGACGCAGAAAUCGUUAAAAAGAUUGAAGAAGAAGAGCUAGCCCUCUUAAGGGGUGCUGAAGUAGUUCGCUGUAGGCUGUUCGAAGGCAAGAAGUACACCGCCAGUAAUAAGGAUAUACUCAACGAAUGGGACAACCUUCAACCCAAACGAGUCUCGAAAGCGACCACUACUAUCAUUGAUGGACACGCGGUCCAAUCCAAGUCGGUGAGCAACGCACGCUGGGAAGCGGUCAAGACGCUCACGAGUGAUCCAGUCCUACUCGCCAAACUGCAAGAUUCCAAACGAAAAAAGAAAGUGUUCGAACACGAGGAAACUUGCAUGUGUUGUCAUGAUACCGGUGAGCUGUAUAUGUGCUCACAUUGCCCCCGAGUUGUCCAUUUCAAGUGCAUGGGAUCCACGUCGCCUCCGAACAUGUCCUUCACAUGCAGUCAACAUAGAUGUGUGGUAUGCCAGCGAGCCGGGCCCGAAGCAGGUGGUAUGCUAUAUCGUUGUCAGACUUGUCCGGAUGCGUAUUGUGAAGAAUGUCUCCCUCACGAGAACUUUUAUUCGAUGGGCGAUACCCUCCCGGAAUUUCUGUUGCUCGGUUACGGGCCGAUGUCCCAGGCUCACUACAUCCGAUGCGUAGAAUGUCUUAAACAUUUUGAAUCGAAUCCGGAGACCAAGGCGAUGUGGGAGGCCGAAGAAAAACACAUCAAGGAACAGCUAGCUUUGAAAAAUGAACACCAACUGAUCAACAUGGUCAAUACUUCUUAAUUCUCCUCACUUUUUAUUUUAUUUUUCAUUACAUGUCCUUUUGUGUGUGUAGAAUAGAAAAUGAUUGCUGGCUAUCGUAGCGAUUGAUUUAUUACUUGGAGCUGCUGAAUAUCUAACAUUCACCUCUCGGUACGCUUUGUUUGUCUCUAAUUGGAUGUGCUGAUCUAAUACUGUAGGAACUCCAUCUCUUGUUGUCUCGCAACACUAAUCAGCAGUAUUUUGGCUCUCAUCUUGCCUAGAUAGUAAGAGAAAAUUCAAUGUGAUCCCCUAGA